ACUCCUGGCGGAAGUUGUUGAGACUUUCUCCCACCCUCGCCGGUAGCUUGCCAGUGGGCGUGUCCCACGCCCUUCCGGGCCGUGCGGGGUGACCGAGGGCCGUGAUCCAGUGUGGUGAGGGCGGUGGGUCCCCGCCAUGCCCCGGUAUUAUGAGGACAAGCCGGAGGGCGGCGCGUGUGCGGGCGUGAAGGAGGAUCUGGGUGCAUGUCUGCUGCAGUCUGCCUGUGUGCUCCAGGAAGGAAAAUCCCCACGGCAGUGUUUGAAGGAAGGCAACUGUAGAGCUUUGCAGUAUUCCUUUUUUGAAUGUAAAAGAUCAAUGCUGGAUGCCAGAUCAAGAUUCAGAGGGAGAAAAGGAUAUUGAUAACAUGCUGAACGCAAGAUGAAAGUCACCCAGGAUUUUCCAUGGUCCUUAACAGAAAGGAACCAAACGGGAAGCACAGCAGCUGCCGCAUCUCUUCCACCUCUGGGCCAGGUGUUCCUCCCAAGGACACCAGAGAAAAUGGAUCAGUGCUGUUUCUGAAUGAGUCUGCUGGCUGAAGUCAUUUAUAGAAGAUCCAUGGGACUAAACAACUAUGGGCUAAGAAUGUGUCUGGGGAAUUACCUAAUGAAGAGAUUAUGUUCAAGGAUGACUCUUCGAUCAGAUUACACAGUGUGUGAAUUCAGGAGGCCAUGAUGAGAUUGGCAUAGAUAGUGGCUCCUCCAACUCUUUUUUCUGUUUCUUGGUUUCAAUUUUAGGCCAACCCCCUCCUCAUAAAGGGGUGAAAUCAGCCAUAGACCACAUCCUCAAGAUAUGGGUGGGCUCCAAAAAGGAGAGCAUAGGCUGGCCCACAAGUCACACCCUGCUGAAGGACGCUGCUCCUUCCUGGGUCAUAUGCUUGGUGAUCUUGGCUAGAUCCUGGUCGCAUGUACUGUGCUGACACCAUGCACAAUCACAUAAGAUAAGUUAUGGGCCUCAUCCCUAAACACUGGAAUGCAGCAAAUGGACACAACAGAUGUUCACUCUAGAUAACAAAUGUCAAUGACAUGAAGUGGCUGGAAAAGUUUAGAAUCCUUAACAUAUUAUUUUGACCACUUAACACAGUAGAAAGCCAUCAGGGCACUAAAUCUUCAGUGUGAUUCUUGCCAUUGAACAGAGUGGCAAUUCUAUAUUGUUCUGUAGUUCACUGGGGCUAAAGCAGUCAAGGACUGGAAGUUCACUUGCUAUUUUAAAAGUUUUUGAAGCUAUGAGGAUUCCCUAGGGUGUCACUGAGGUCUGCUCUAUGUACUGCCCCCACUGGGAGUAGGAGGUACUGCACCCUUGUGCUCUGUGUACUGCCCCCACUGGGAGUAGGAGGUACUGCACCCUUGUGCUCUGUGUACUGCCCCCACUGGGAGUGGGAGUAUUGCACCCUUCAGUCCUGCCACCUAUGUCCCAAGCUUGGUGUCUGUGUGCAGUGUGGAGGAGUGCACAUUCUGCAUGCUAGGAAGCUCGACCAUUGAGCCACACCUUCCACUAGUGCUUCAGUUUCAACAGAGAGUGAAAUGUGUUUGUAUGAAAUGCCUCCAUUUGAGUAGAUAGAGCUUUAUUUGGAAAAAGUCACAUGUCUCAUAAUUGGACUUUGACUUAGACAACCCCAUGGAGUUUAGAGUGUUCGUGGAGCAUGCUGCAGUCACCACUAUCUACUUCCAGAACAGUCUCAUCCUUUCCAGAAAUGUAACCACUGGUCAGCACUCUGCCCUCUCCCUCUGGUCCAGGUCUAUUAGAUGAGUGGAACUAUGUAGUCCUGUCUUUUCUGAGUCCUGUUACCAAAUUCGACAGGUUUAUUGGCAUGUAGCAUCAGUCUGCAGUGUAGUUCUGCUGAGUAGCAUCCACAGUAGACAGACACUGUGUAUUUCUCCAUCGAGCAGAUGAGCUCUGAGCUGUUUCUACUUUGGGGCUUUUGACUAAUGCUAUGAACGUUUCAUUUAAUACAUGCCUUAGAGUUGAACUCCAAGGUCGUAUCAUGACGGCCUCAAUUAUAUUUUCUACAGUGAUUUUACCACAUUUCAUGCUGUCAUGGGAUCUAGGCUCCAGCACCCCUGACUUUCACAACUGCUCAUAUUGCUGACAGCCAUUCUGCUUGUGAUAAAGAGGCAUCUAUUGGGAUCUUGGUUGCAUUUCUCUAGUGUCUAAUAACCUGAGCAGUUUUUCGUGUGUUCAUUGGCUCUCUAUGCUGCCUUUGCAGAGUGUUUUCUAGUCUGCAGUCUGGCUUCCAGUUGGGUUAUCUGUUUAUUUUCCUAUAAGAUUUUUUAUUUACUGUUGGCUCAAGUCUCUUAAAGAUUAAUUGGCAUUUUUUUCUCAACGUGUUUGUCCUUUUCAAUCUCUUGCUACUCUAUAUAGCACAGUCUUUAUUUUUAUACAUUCCCUUAUGUGGCUUAGCCCAGGCUGGCCGGGAAUCCCCAAAGCGCGAGCAUUUUCAGCGCUGCACUUCCCAGAAAGCACACACCGCUGCUCUUGACUAGAGCAGUUUUCAUAUUGGAAAAUGACAAUGUCUUUUUUCUUUCACUCUAAGAAACCAUUCCUAACCCAAACUUCCAGAAGCUUAUAAAUUUUACCUCUUACCUGUAGGCCUGUGCUCUCAAAAUUAUUUUACACACCUUUAUUCAUGACCAUAUUUGAAAUUAGUUAAAUAGAAAUAAUACAUUUUAGUAUGGCUAAGUAUGUAGCUCCGUAUAUAUUGUGUUCAGCACAUUCACAGUGCAGUACAGUACAGUCUGCCUGCCGCACUGUUCUGCAUCCACCUCAGGAAAUGCAAGUGUGCCCAUCUGAGGACUCCCAGCCACUGCCAGGUCGCCCGCCCUGCCCUGUCCUUGGCAUACUCUCUCCUCAUGGUAACCACCAUUCUCUUUCCUGUUUCUGAAUUUGAGUACCCUAAGUGCCUGGUAUAUGUGGACUCUUUGUUGUGUGCAUGCACUUGUGUGUGUGUGUGUGUGUGUGUGUGUGAGAGAGAGAGAGAGAGUGUGUGUGUGUGUGUGUGUGCCUCCAGCGCGGAAUACCAUGAAGGUUCAUAUCAUAUAUCGGUUUCCUUCCUUUGUAAGGACAAAUGGUAUUGUAGUAUAUGUUGUAUGCAUAUUGUAUGUAUCUUGUUACCUACUCAUCCAGCCGUGGGUACCUCGGUUGUUCCCACCCUGGAGCUCCUGACUAUGCUGUGAACGUGUAUAUACAAAUACCCCUAGGACCCGCUUUCAGUCUUAACAUACAUGUAGCAGAUUGUAUGUCAUAGGGUACUUCUGUUUUUAUUAGUAGGCAUUGCCAUAGUUUCCAUAUCAGCCACACUAUUCUAUGUUCUGUCCGCAGUGCACAGAGAUUAGAACUGCCUAUGUCCUUGUGACUUGUAUGCCAUUCUAGAAGUCGUUAAGAUCCACCAGUGCUUCUGCUUCCUAGUUCCCUGACUGCUGGUGUGUUCUAGAUGCUUGGUGGCUUUCUUUAUAUAGCGUUUGAAGAAAUUGUUUUAGGUCUCCUCUGCCCGUUAAUAGUUGACUCUGGUUGAAUUUUUGGUCAUCACAUCUACAAAAGCAUUGAUUCCAAGGGAGCUGACUGUAGCUUGCCCUGGGAAUUUUAGUUUUAGUUCUUAGCUUUGCCCUUUGAUGCAUUUUGAGUUAAUCUUUGUGUGUGGUGGAAGCUCUGACUUUCUACUCUCCACAUGUGCAUAUCUAGCUUUGCACAAUGCCCUUUGGAGGGAAAACAUGGCGCCAUGCAUGGUGGGGCCGGUUUUGAGCCCAGUCUCUCCUGACUCUGUCUGCCUUCAUGCCAACGCCACUGCUUUGAUUACUGGAGAAUUACUAUCAAAAUUUGAAAUCAGAAAGUGUUUGUUCUAAAAUAAAAAUUUGAAUCUGAAAACAU